UCGCGUUUAUACAUUCAGAGAACACUCAUCUGCAAACGUUUAAAAUACAUUACAGUUUUUCCUUUUAAACCAGAUACAAUUUACAUAUAAAAGCAGUAAUGUAAAUCCAAGUUUUUAAAUUAUAUUUGUCGAAGAUUUUUGUGGGAAAUGACUUCCAAACCUAUAACGAAGAAGAUAAUAAACUCUCCGGAGACGUGCGUGGACGACAACCUCCGCGGAGUGGUGGCCGCCUGUCCCGCGCUGCAGCUGCACCCCAAGCACAGGGUCAUCACUGUCAGGCAGAAGACUGACACAGGCAGAGUGGCUAUCCUUGGUGGCGGUGGAUCUGGUCACGAACCUUUUGCUUCUGGUUUCGUCGGCGCCGGUCUCUUAGAUGGUGCUGUUGCUGGAGGCGUGUUCGCAUCCCCUCCUACAGGACACGUCCUUUAUGCCAUUGCGCAGUUAUACAAAUAUAACUCAGGAGGUGUCCUCGUCAUCAUUGGUAACUACACCGGAGAUAGACUUAACUUCGGCAAAGCUAUUGAAAAGGCAAAGAUUUUAGGUAUCAAGGUUGAAGGUUUAAUUGUCGGUGAGGAUGUCGCUUCCAGUAAAAACAAGACUGGCGGGCGCAGCAUGGUUGGGGAAGUCAUAUUCUAUAAGUUAUGUGGUGCAAUGGCAGCGAAGGGUUAUGAUCUGGAGACCAUUCGGAACACAGCGGCGGAAAGUAACAAGUAUAUGGCUACUUUAGGUGUCUGUCUGAGCGCUUGCUCACUGCCCGGCCAGCCUCCUUUAUUCGAGAUAGCUCAAGACGAGAUGGAGUUGGGAGCGGGAGUUCACGGUGAAGCCGGCAUUGCUAAGUUCAAGAUGGGUACAGCCAAGGAAGUCGUGGCCAUGAUUCUUGAUAAGAUCACUUCUCACAUGAAGCUUGGCGCUGGUGACAGAGUGGUCGCAACUACUGACAAUUUAGGCGGCACCUCCUUCCUCGAAAUGAACAUAAUUAAUGCUGAAACUAAGGAUUACUUGGAAAACAAGCAAAUCACUGUGGAGAGAAUAUACUCCGGUCACCUGAAGACCUCGCUAGAGAUGCAUGGCUUCCAGAUCUUUUUGAUGCAGCUUCCGAAAGAGAAGGAAGACUUCUGGCUGGAACUGCUAGACGCUCCUUCAGUGUCCGCAGCCUGGACUGGCAGCACGCUGUCUGCGAGAGUCGAGGGUGGGCAUGGAGAUGAUGAUACACUGUUGAAAACUGCUGCCAGGAAGACAGCGUCAGGUCCAUCAUUAUCAAAAGAAGAACAGGAUUUGCUUCGAGGCGGUUUGUCUGCUGCCGCUGAAAAUCUUAUCCAGAAUGAAGCAUUGCUGAACAAAUUGGAUUCAGGGUGCGGCGAUGGCGACUGCGGCAUUACGAUAAAGAAGUUUGGUUUGGCGAUCCAGUCGUACCUCAAGACGGCUUCUGUGGAGUAUCCUUCGAACGUACUCUGGGAUCUGUCGGAGAUUGCCGAGACUGACAUGGGAGGGACCUCCGGUGGGAUUUACAGCCUCGGCUUGUCAGCAGCAUCACAAGCUCUGGCCAGUGCUCAAUCAAACAACGUAUCGUCAUGGUUGUCGGCGUGGGAGAGUGCGAUGCAGUCGAUCUCCAAGUAUGGCGGCGCAGAGCCCGGAGACAGGACCAUGUUGGAUGCGCUUCAUACUGCGGCCGAGGUGUACAAGCAGAACAUUAAAGGCGACCUGAUGGAGCUACUCAAUAAGACUGUGACAGCCGCUGAUGAAGGAGCCAAAGCUACCGCGAAUAUGGUUGCUAGGGCGGGCAGAGCAUCGUAUGUGGCGAGUGGGUACGCACAAGAUGAAGACGCCGGCGCACGCGCAGCGGCUGUGUGGCUGCAAGCUAUACUAAAAUACAUCAUCAGAAAUAAAUAAAAUUACAUCUUCUA